GUCAUCAUCGUCAUGACGAACCUUCACUGGAUCACUGUCGUAAACGCGACGUGGUUUUUGGCGACGGGAGGCGACGUUGCUGGGCCAGAUCACCUUUCCACCGCCGUCGUCCCAGAGCGUCAGCCGCUUCGCACCCUGUCGCUGAAGGCGGGAGACGUACUGCGGUUGCGGUGCGAUAGCACCGUUGCCUCGCCGCUCAACGCCACCUUUGCCUGGCUCUUCAACGGCCUCACUAUACCCUCGGAUCCCCGCCCAGGACUCUAUCGGUACAAGGUCAUUGACGGGCGACAAGCUGGCCGCCACCCGCACGCGGCACGUUACAGCACCUUGGACAUGGGUCGUUGCGGUGCGGCACACGCGGGAAUGUACUCUUGCCGAAUAAUUGUGGAAGGUGUGGUCGUGGACGAACUGCGGUUCGAAGUACGUGUGACUGCCGGCAGUCGCCGAGGAACCGACUCGACAGCGGCCUCUGGCCGCGACCCGCUGACGCGCCCAGAACUCGUGCCAGCGGCGCUGUCAUUUGGAGGUCGGCCCCGCCCGGUGGGCCGCCCUUGGCGGAGCACGCCGAGCGGGCUGGUGCUCGGUCAGGCGUGCGCCAGCGACGAAGUGUGCGCCGCCACCGACCCGGUGUCCCUGUGCGAGGGCGGCGUCUGCAUCUGCGCGCCCACGUUCACGCUGGAAAACGCGCAGUGCAUCAAGCGCGUGGGCCGCUACCAGCGCUGCGGACCUCAGGUGGUGUGCCGCGGGAACAGCAUGACCUGCAACGAGGGCGUCUGCGAGUGCAGCAGCGAUAUCGGCGAGCGGGACGACGACUGCGGCGACAAGCGCCCUCGAAGCACUUUAAACUUGAUGAUGAUAUACACGACGAUCGCCGUCACGGUGUUCGCCAUAGGCUUCGUUCUCUUUUACACGCUCUGUCAGAAGCGAUACGACCUCAACGACGAACUCAAGGGAGCCUUCAUCGUCACCUGCGUCAUCCUUUAAAUUGUGGCUUCUUCUUCUUGUCUCGCACGCUUCAUAUACAUAUAUAGCUCGAUGUAUAGUUAAAUCAAGAAAUUUUACGUCUAUCAGGAGCCCUUCACUAUGGAGUCAUUCCGUGGCCAGCGUACAUUGCGAGGAGCCGGCCAGGUACCAAUGUGUACUCGUUUAGCUGCUGAACGUCUCGUUGCGCUUUAUGCGUCCUGGAGGUGACUUGGACCGUGACCAGGAAGUUGCUUUUGGUGGCUCGGUACUGUGAUAUACAUCCUGUAUUCCGUAUCCAAUGCUACUGCAGUCCCCCUGUGGUGACUACAUAUGUUGCUUUUUCGUUGCCUCCCUGUGUACUAAGCGUCGAAUGCGUCGCACGCGUCAUCUUGCUGGCUAUUUUGUAUGUGGGCUAUUUUGUAACUAGCUUGUAUGCGAUUAUCAUAGAAAACAGAGCGAGAACGAUGCGUCCGCGUCUGUCCGGUCAUCGUGUUGUUGUUUUUUGUUUGUGUAUGUGCGAUUAAACCUUGGAUAACGAAGCAA